AGGGCUUUGGCGAACGAUGAUGUUACUUUGAAUCGAGCUAGUUGACAAUACAGUGACAGACGUUGACUUACACACGACAUCCAACAUGGCCAACAAAGAGGAGCUUAACUAUUGCUACGAUUUCGUUUUGAAGCUCACCAUUGAAUCAGGAAAGGUGAUUCGGGACGCCAUUCAGGGCUCAAAGAACAUCGAUACCAAAGCUGGGGACUGGGAUUUAGUGACACAGUACGAUAAAAAAAUAGAGGAGAUUCUGAUAGACGGCAUAGCGAAGGCAUUUCCAAAGCAUAAAUUUAUUGGCGAAGAAACCGUAUCGUCCUCAAACCAUUUGCCAGAUCUGACAGAUGAACCGACAUGGAUCAUCGAUCCCAUCGAUGGAACCACGAAUUUCGUUCACUCAUUCCCUUUCGCUUGUAUAUCAAUCGCGUUGGUGGUGAAGAAGCAAAUAGAAAUUGGUAUCGUUUACAAUCCAGUAUUGGAACAGUUGUUCACGGCUAGGAGGGGACGUGGAGCUUUCCUGAAUGGAAAACCCAUCAAGAGCUCUCAAGCAGAUAAAUUGGAGCACUCGUUACUGUGUCUAGAGGCAUCGUACGCGACGAUGGAGAACGUCAGGGAUACUAUUCUUGGAAGACUGGAGGCUUUCGUUUCGGUAGCUCACGGAAUACGAACAAUGGGAUCAGCAGCGCUGACUCUUUGCUACGUGGCGAUGGGUGCAGCGGAAGCUUAUCACUCUGACAAUUUGUGGCCUUGGGAUGUGGCCGCUGGUGUACUUAUCAUCAAAGAAGCUGGCGGAGACGUGAUAGACACAAAUGGUGGUGAAUUCAACCUCAUGUUGCCAAGAGUAAUCGCAGCCGGUAAUUACAAAUUGGCCAAAGCGCUAUCGGCGCUGAUAAAGAAAGCAGACGCUAAGACACAACAAAAAAAAAUUAGCAGCGGCAGCAAGGCGUGAUCAUUAAGAAAUAAUGACACGUUGCUCACCCCUUACUGUUACACCGUAAAUGGUUCCCUACUCGAGCAGAAUCUAAUAGAUCGGUGAGCAAUUAGUUGCGAUUAAUAUCGAUUCGUAGAUCAACAAUGUACGCGAUUGGAGUGCCCCAAAACCGUCAGUAAUUAUACAAACAAUGUAGCAGUAUUUUUCAAUUGGUAAUAAGCAAGUUGAAGUACCUAACAAACUGAAGUCGGAUUACGCUGCUAAAAGAGGUGUCAGCCAGUGACCUAUUAACCGUGUUGAUCGUGCUAAUUUUUUGUGCGAAACGCGCUAACGGAUACCUUUGCCGACUGUAACUGUUUUUUUUUUUUCUUCUUCAGACGAACGAUGAGAGUCGUAAAUGUUUUCUAACUUAAUAAAUUUUUCUAUGCCGAAA